CUGAUGGCGAAAAGGCUCCCGAAAGCCGGGUCAGGGUCUGCCUCCAAAAGCACUCCCGAGGAGCCGCACCCCGCAAUCAUCAUCCGGUCGAUCAACAUCUCGUCAUCGGAACAAGGCAAGAGCGAGUCUGACAUAUCACCUACGACUUCAUGCAUAUGUAGACAAACUUUGUAGCUCCGCAUACAAAAACUGCUACAAUCGCUUCCUCAUGGCGGUCCCUUCCUCCGAACAAUCGCAACUCUCGCAACCAUUGUCCCCCCCGAAGAUGAUCGCAACUAAUCUCACCACUGUCUUCAACACUCUCAUUACAGGAUUACAUAUCCUUCACUACAACGGAGUCCUGGAUGCGUAUGGCCAUAUUUCUGUCCGCAACCCAAACAAUGGCUCGAACUUCUUCAUGUCUCGCAACCUUGCUCCUGCUCUGGUCGCAAAUAGCAGCGACUUGGUCGAAUACUUCGUCGAAGAUGCUGCUCCAGUUGAUCCGAAUGCUCCUUCUGGCUUCAUCGAACGCUAUAUACACAGCGAGCUGUACAAGCGCUUUCCAAGCAUCAACAGUGUCGUCCACAGCCACUCGCCGCAAGUCGUUCCGUACAGCUUCAGCGGCGUUCCGCUGCGUCCGUGUAUCCAUAUGGCAGGUUUCUUGGGCGAAACCGUUCCCAACUUCGACAUCUCACAACACUACCAAGCUGGUGACAAUCAAGAUCUUCUAAUCCGCUCGCAGCGUUUGGGUGCGGCUUUUGCAGCAGAAUUCUCUUCUAAUCACACCUUGCCAAAUGCGACUCAGACCGGAGCCGACUAUGCAGUAGUGCUGAUGCAGAAUCACGGCUUUACCACCGUAGCCUCGAGCAUCGAGCUCGCCGUCAUGCAAGCAGUCUACACGCAAGUCAAUGCAGGUAUUCAGACUACGGCCUUGACAAUUCAAAACGCGAAUCCGAACAGGAGCCAACAAGGCCUAGCGUUCCUGACUACACAGCAGACAGUAGAGUCGUGGACAACGAUGCAGGGUACAUCAGAUCGACCCUGGGGCUUGUGGACCCACGAGGUCCAAUCUUCUAACCUGUACCAGAACCUUCUGGAUCCGAAUCAGACUGAGUCUGCUUCGCCUGUGCUCUGAACCCGUCGGACUUUGAUGGAAGCCGGUGUAGCUCCCUGGUCCAAUUAGUUUUCUUUCACAAUCUAUGUCUUGAACUGUAGUCUCCUAGCUUGGUCAUCUGGGCAGCUGGGCUCAAUCUCAAAAAACCUCAAGAAAUCUCAUGCAUUGUCGA